AUGACCACGGGCAGUAUGACGGUUCUCCAAUUGGCUCGGGAUUCUCAGUUCUAUUACUCCGCACCUGCGAGCGAUACCGCGCCGCCUUCGACGCAGGUGAACACCGAAGAGUACGAUUCUGAAUGGGAAGAAUUCGUCCAAGGCCCCUCACAAUCCCUCGCCGACCUCGAAACCGCCUCCCAACUCCUCUACAACCCCCUCACCAAAGACUGCUACUUCUCCACCUCCCCCGUCUCCACACCCAGCACUUCACCGCCCCCCUCCGGACGGAGCACGCCCUCCGACUGGCUCUGCAGCUGCGACUCCUGCCGGUGGCACGCCAACCUCCCGCUCCUCACGCCGCUGCAGAAGGCGGAGCGGGAGAGGAUGCAGAAGGCGUUGGAUGAGGAGCGGGUGAGGCGGUGGAAGGAGAGGAGGGAGAGGAAUGUGGGGAGGGCGCGGGGGAAGGUGGGGUUGCAGGUUGAGAGGGCGAGGAGGGUGGUUGCAUUGGCGUUGGACCUUGGGGAGGAGGAGAGGAGGCGGUGGGAGGAGGAUGAGGGUGCGUGUGAGAGGAGGAGGGAGGUUGUGGAGAGGAGGGCGAGGAGUUAUUUUGAGUUGGAGUAUUAUUAUCGGUAUGAGUAG